CGCUGGCUCUCAUUUGUUUUAUCUACGCGCUCACAGACCAAAAACGUGACCAAGGGUCCACUGUAGGGGAAAAAGGCAGUAGUUUACAUUUGAACAGAACAGAAGGUGCAAUGGCAGAUAUUAUACGAUGCAUGAAGGAGUAAAGAAUGACUGUGCAAGCCUAAGUGCAGGAACAUGGAUCAGGAAGCAAACAGCAACUGGGACGAUGACAGUUAUGUGCUCACAGAGAGAAUAUCAGCAGUCGAGAAGAGACCAGAUUGUGAGGUUAUGGGAUAGGCAUCAUGUCUGCUCUCAACUGGUUGCUUCUUCUGUUUUCAGUCCCAGUGAUGGAGCUCGCUGCGGACAAGCCAAAAAGGUCGUCUCUGAACCAGCUCACCAGGAUGCUGCUGCGCCAUUAUAACACUGGAGUACGGCCUGUGGUGAACUGGACCGACCCAACUCUCAUCUACAUCGAUUUCAUCAUUCAGUCUAUCCUGGAAGUGGAUGGCCAAACCCAAAAAGUAACAACAAGCGUUGUAUACCAACAGUUCUGGACAGAUGAGUUCCUGGUGUGGGACCCAGAGGAGUUUGAUGGCAUCAAUAACAUAUCGCUGCCCACUGAUGCCAUUUGGCUACCCGACAUCAUCAUCACAGAAUUUGUGGACCGCGGAUCCUCUGAGGUCCCAUAUGUCUACGUCAACUCCUCAGGCGUGGUGAAGAAUUCCAUGCCCAUCCAAGUGGUGGCUGCCUGCGACCUUCAGAUCUACGCCUUUCCCUUCGACAAGCAGAACUGCACCCUGACCUUUCGAAGCUUGCUGCACUCUGUGAGAGAGGUGGACUUGGCCUUCUGGCGAGAUGCUGAGAAGAUUGCCGGUGACAAGCGCUACUUCAUGAGUGACGGUGAAUGGGAGCUGCUCUCUGUACCUUCGCACUACUGGAGGCUACACAUGGACGACGAGGACUACGCACACAUUCAGUUUAAUGUGCUGAUCCGUCGGCGCCCCCUGCUGUACGUGGUGGCUCUGCUCAUCCCCAGCAUCUUCCUGAUGGUGGUGGACGUCAUCAGCUUCUACCUGCCGCCCAACACGGGCACCCGCAUCUCCUUCAAAGUCAGUAUCCUGCUGGGCUACACCGUCUUCCGGGUCAACCUCACGGACGAGAUCCCGGUUACGUCCAUGAACACCCCACUCAUUGGGGUGUUCUUCGCGGUGUGCAUGGCGCUGCUGGUGCUGAGCCUGGCCAAGUCCAUCCUGGUGGUGAAACUGCUGUACCACAGCGAACGGGAGGUGAGGGAGAUGUCCCUGUCGGCCUGCCUGCUCGACCACUACGGCUCCUGCAGCCAGAGCUUCGGGGAGAGCGCCUUCACCUCCGUCAGGACACUGGACGACCUGGAGCUGGAGCAGAGCAGUGGCAGCGAUGAUGACCUUGUCUCUCUUGGUGAAACCCCACUCUCAGUCAGCUCACCACGUCUGGAGAGGCUUCUUUAUCAGCUGAGCACUAUCAGGUGGAAUCUGCAGCAGGCAGAGGAGGAUGGUGCAGCACAGUCCGACUGGCUGGCUCUGUGCCAUAAAGUGGACCUCUUCCUGUUUCGUCUCUACCUCCUGGUGCUCACCACCUACUCCAUCACCCUGCUGGCCCUCUGGGGGAGCUGGAGCUCUGUCUGACACACUAGGCCUUCAAACAGUGUUGCCAGAUGUGUCUGAUCAAAUCCCGACCAGAAGCUGCUCAAAAACCGCUUGGAGCCGCUAAAUUCCGCCCAAUUUCAACAAAUUGCAUUGAUUUCUAUGGGAAUAAAACUGCAGAAAAAAACGCCAGAUGGCCGAUUAUUCCCGUUUUUACCUGCAGAUGGCUAUCCCAAGCAGCCUGAUUGGGCGGGUAACCGACCAAUCUGGCAACACUGACUACAAAGCCAAAGUGCAGUAACUACGGUAUGCCAACAUUGAAACUGAGAAAAUGCCUUCAAAGGUUUGGCAUUAGGUUAGAUGUGGCCAUUAGUGAAAAUUUGACAUAGCAAUAUCUCUAAAACGAAACACACUUGGACCAUACUGUUUUGACACAAGAUAAAGGAAGUGCAAUGAGCAAUAUUUUCAGUCAAAACUCAAUUUUGACAAAAUAUGUAGUUACUGCACCUUGCCUUUGUAGGGCAGCAGAGUGCCCCCACCUAUAUGUAAUGAGGGCCCAAAUCUGGGGCCCCUCACUCCCUGGGCCUGGGACAACUGACCCCUUUGUCCCAACACGGUUUAAAUACAACAAGUCAUGAAGAAGACUGAUAACAGUAAAAUGUCAAAUGAAUAUGUGUUUAAGACUACUUUAAGACUAUGUGAUCUGAAAGUUAUCAACUGAUGUAGGCCUAGAUUUAUUUAACCACUGUUGAUGCUGUCUGGAUACUGAUGUUGGUCACUGCAGUUAGUGCACUUGUAUGGUACUAUGGGGUCGGCAAUGUAACAUUUACUCACUUUUUAUACAUUGAUAUUAACCAUGUCGUGUCUAUAAUGUAAUGUAAUCAAUGAUG